CAGCUGGUGAGAUAUUAGCCUUUAUAAUGAGUAGUCAGUACAGGUUUAAAUCCAAGUUUCUGUAAGCUCUAGUUAUUGUCUUAUUGACUGAAUUAAAUUAGUUUUGCACUGUAUGUAAGUGUCGGUAUAAUGAAAUGUUAGCGUGUGGAAAAUGCUCAGUGUUACAGAGAGGUGUUUAUGGUUAAUGAAUACAGUGUCAGGGGUGUUUGGCCUUUAGUAAAACUGACAGCAGUAAAGGAAAGUUGUUGUCUUUGCACUUUUAAAUGCAUUUUUUAUAUUUUUCACCUGUUGCCUUUUAACAAUACUCACAUUCUAUGUUUAUUAUCUGAUGUGACUUCAUAUACAGACUCUGUCGCAAGCCAUAGUCAAAGUGGUUAUCCCAACAGAAAGGUACAUGUUUUUCUUUUUUUAAAUUGGUGUACAAACUUAGAAAAAACAUCCCAUAAUGAAGCUAAAAGUUUGAUCAGUUGAUCACUGCAUGCUACAGGGGGCUGGUCAGUAUGGGUGAGCAAUGGUUGAGGCUAUUGUACAAUGUCAUCAUUAGUAGAUAGAAUAAUACUGACUUGACGAGUUUCUUUUGUACCUUGCUCUUUCACACUCCACCAUCACUCAUUUUUCCUUUUUAUAAAUAUGUAGCAAAAACAUCAUUAUAGUGCUUAUAUAAUGUGCUGUUUGGAGCCAAACAUCAUGACUUUAUUCCAUCACAGUUUCACUCCAUACAUCAACAUUUAAUUGUGUUGUUUUUUUUUCAACUUCAGUGACAUGUUACUCCACAUACACAGUCUGCUGAUUCUAGAUCUGUAGUUGUGAAAUCCUGCUCUCUGACCAUUGCUCACUCAGACCGUCUACCCCCUUGGCCUCUGUCACUACUGGGAGCUCAGUAAAUCUGGCCCCUGCCAACAAAUCCAAACCUGCCAGUAUUAGUCUAUAUAUGACCUUUGACAUUGGCCUUGGUGAGCAGCACAAGUUGAACUGUCUGCAGCAGCGAGGGACCUGAAAAGCCUCAUGGGAUGGAUUGGGAAAGUAUACUGAAUUUUACCCCGCCAUUGGUACGAUCGGCUCCAAUACAAGUAAAUGUGAUCUGUGUUGUCAAAUGAAAGACAUCCUUUGUCUUUUUGGCCAAUUUAGGCUAAUUGUAUGCAGCCUGCACCAUGUAUCUCCCCAAAAUUGUCACAGAAGAACUUUGGUGAUCCCAUUUGCACUGUAUUCAGUCAUUACCAACUCUACCAGUAGAUAACAUGUUUAGUCAAUUUAGGCCAACAAUCCUAUACUGCUUUGGUUCUUCCUCACUUCACAUUGGUCAGGAGAAGAGUGGGAAUUGAAAGGCACUGUAUUGACAGUGUUCAGUUAAUGCAGUGUCUUGUCAAUGUCUCGUUCCUACUUUCCCAAGUUCUUCAGCUUUACUUUUGUGAAGUUCGAAUCUAGGAAGAUUUCAAAGAAAGGGUCCAGGCAGUGCAAUGUAAUUAAAACCUGUUGCUCUGCAGCCUAAAAGGACACAGGCAUGAACUAAUAACAAUUUAGGCAUAAUUUAAAAUAAAUUCUACUGUUACCUGAAUUGUUAGUCUUUUAAAACUUAAUUCUUAAUUAAUGAACGUUUUACUGUUACUUCAUCAGUUGUCAUUUUAAGUUUUGAUUUUUGGCAGCAUUUAUGCAUUGAUGUUGUACAUUGGCUGAGAGGUAUAGUCACAGUUACAUUUAAUUUAUGCCUGGUCACAUGCCACUCUCAGACAGUUAUGUCUCACAUCGUCCUUCUCAGUUGAUGCGUAAUAAAUAUGUUAUUGUAUAUCUUUGGCUGAGUCAUUUAGGUGACAUCUUCUGUCAGGUACCUUUUUUAUAGCAAGUAUUACCAUGGCAGCGCAUUACUCAGUUACAGCCUACUGUGCGUGACAACUGCAGUUCCGCCCUGUAACAUUUGUUAAACAUUCAUCGUGUCUGUGAAGAGACAACUGUUCUGAGUGUCAAACCACCAAGCAUAAAUUAAAUGAAGAGACAGGCUUAUGGUAGUGGUCAAGGGUCCGGCCAGUCUGAAUCCGUUUGCUUUAACUGUGUUUUUCUUGUAGGAAUUUGCUCUCUCUCAUCCACCGAAUGAUCGAGUUUGUGGUGCGUGAAGGCCCAAUGUUUGAAGCCAUGAUCAUGAACAGAGAAAUCAACAACCCCAUGUACAGGUUUCUAUUUGAGAACCAGAGCCCAGCACAUGUAUACUACCGAUGGAAGCUCUACUCCAUACUACAGGGUGAAGCACCAGCUAAAUGGCGAACAGAUGACUUCAGGAUGUUUAAGAAUGGCUCUUUGUGGCGUCCUCCUCCUCUUAAUCCAUACCUCCAUGGGCCUUAUGAUGAUGGUGAGGAAGAGGAGGAAGAGGAGGACGGCACCAAGAAAGGCUGCCUAAAAGAAGAAGAGCGGGACAAACUAGAGGAGAUGCUGCGUGGUUUGACGCCCAGGAGGGGAGACAUAGCAGAAGCCAUGUUGUUUUGUCUCAGCCACGCCGAAGCAGCUGAAGAGAUUGUGGAGUGUGUCACAGAGUCUCUCUCCAUCCUCAAGACCCCUCUUCCCAAGAAGAUUGCACGGUUAUAUCUGGUUUCUGAUGUGCUGUACAACUCUUCUGCCAAAGUAACCAAUGCGUCUUACUACAGAAAAUAUUUUGAGGCAAAGCUCUGCCAGAUUUUCUCAGACCUCAAUGCGACAUACAAAGCGAUACAGGGUCACCUUCAGAGUGAGAACUUUAAGCAAAGGGUUAUGUCAUGUUUCCGGGCAUGGGAGGACUGGGCUGUGUACCCAGACCCCUUCCUUAUCAAGCUGCAGAACAUCUUCCUGGGUCUAGUUAAUAUCUCUGCAGAGAAGGAACCUGUUGCUGUCGUUGUGGAGAAUUUCUUUGUGCCGGUUUUGUCCCAGGCUGAGCCAGCAGAGGACAUUGAUGGGGCUCCAAUAGGGGAGUAUGUAGAUGGCACUCCGCUGGAGGAUGUGGAUGGGGUGCCAAUUGACGCAGGGCCCAUUGAUGGAGCUCCAAUUGACGGAGCCCCCCUGGAUGACCUAGAUGGGGUUCCUAUCAAGCCCAUGGAAGAAGACAUAGAUGGAAUACCUUUGGAUCAGUCCAAGGAGGCAACGUUCAAGGUAGCACCCUCGAAAUGGGAAGCAGUGGAUGAGGCAGAGUUAGAAGCUCAAGCUGUGACAACAUCAAAAUGGGAGAUGUUUGAGCAGCCAGAAGAAACAAAAAAGGAUGACGAGGACAGUGAUUAUGAUGACAGGAGCCCUCGCUCAGAAGAUAAUCAAAGCUACUCCAACCCCAUCAGAGAUGACUCGGAUAUUAAGGCCAAGAUGUCUGAGAUGAAUGAGGAAAAACGCACCAAGCUCAGAGAGAUAGAGGUUAAAGUCAUGAAGUUCCAGGAUGAGCUGGAGUCUGGGAAAAGGCCCAAGAAGCCUGGGCAGAGUUUUCAGGAGCAAGUGGAGCACUACAGGGACAAACUACUACAAAAGGAAAAAGAAAAGGAGAAACUUGAACGAGAAAAAGAAAGGGAGAAGAAAGAGAAGGAAAAGGCUGAGGCACGGUUGAAAGACUUGAAGAAGGAAAAAGAAAAGGAGGACACACCAACCAGGAAAGAGAGGAAGCGGCGUCACAGUGGGUCACCCAGCCCAACGCGGAGUAGCAGCAGACGAGGCCGAUCAUCGUCACCCCGUUCCGAGCGGUCAGAAAGAUCAGAACGCUCCGACCGCUCAUUCUCUAAAGACACAUCUUCCCGUUCUUCGCAUAAAGACUCUCCACGAUCUAGCAACAAAAAGUCCUCCAAGAGGUCUCCCUCACCUCGCACACCCAAAAGAUCCAGGAGGUCGCGCUCCAGGACGCCCAAGAAAUCAGCUAAGAAGUCUCGCUCCAAAUCAAGGUCACCUCACCGGUCUCACAAAAAAUCAAAGAAGAGCAAACACUGACACGUCUUUUCCCUCAACCUCCAAACCAGCCUAUUCUCCUCCCUCCCCAUUCUUCCCUUUUCUGCGCCGUGUUGUAUAAAAGAUUGACUGAUUUGGCAGCUGAACAUCUCUGCCCAAAUGUUGAUGUAUAGACAAUGAUGAGUGGAGGGUGUUGCAUGGGUUACCAUCUGGUGUAUCAAAUGGAUGGGGCCAUUGCUGUUUUAUAUUGUACAAAAAAAUAAUGUGCUUGUGUGUCCUGAUUCCCCAUCACCUCCCAAUGGAAUUCAUCCAUGUGGUAGACCACACCCGUACAGAGUGUGAUGACAAUAGUCAUAUUCAUGCUGUCAUUUUCUGUUUUUGUAGUUCACAUUAAAAAGAAUUCCUAAUAAACAAGUGUCAUUUUUAAAUCAAACAA